AUCUGGUCUGUCUAUAUGUAGGGGGCCAAGCCAUCCCGUCUUAUUCUCCGAGUCUUUUUAUUUCUGACCCAGAUGUCAGCCUGCCAUGACCAUUAGCCAAACUUGUUGGUCGACACUCGACAAUGCCAGGCGAUUGUGGAUCGACCUGUCCGGCCUCUAAUGGCUUCUACACUUACAACCCGAGCGUAGGUGGUAACGCCGUGUUACUCACCGUCUUUGCUCUGCUUUCUAUUGCUACAAUCUACUUCGGAAUUCGAUCUAAAACCUAUCUAUUCUCUAUCAUACUCACAGCCGGGCUCCUCCUCGAAGUGUUGGGAUUUAUCGGCCGGAUUCUACUUCACUCAAAACGGGAUGACCAGGGACAUUUCUUUCUUGUUUUGUUUGGGACAAUUCUGGGCCCAUCGCUAAUGAGCCUCGCCAUAUUUAUUGUCCUUCCUCAUAUCCUUUGCAUUUAUGGAAGGCCAAUCUGUCCAUUUAGACCGUUGGUGGCUGGUCUGAUCUUCUGGGGACUCGCUGCUGUCACUAUCAUAUUCGAGCUUGUCGGCGUCAUAUUCAUGGCGUACGAGACGAAGAGUUUUAGCCGCAAACAGGGAGCAGCGAUUGCUGCCACAGGCUUAGCUAUACAAGCUUUAUCCUUGGUAGCAUGCACCGGGUUGCACUUUUGGUUCACACUCAGCUUAAGUACUCGACGAGGAACCCUCGAUGCCCGACAUUCACAGAUUUACUCGUCAUCACAGUUCAAGAAGUUCCUCAUGGCAAUGGAGAUGGCGUCUGCCCUUCUGAUUGUCUAUUCCUUCUACCGGCUUGUGGAGCUUGCAGACGGUAUUCCAGGAGAUGUGUUUCAGAACCAAGCUGCCUUUAUGGUUGUCGGGGGAGUGUUGCCAUUGUUAGCCGCAGGUCUCUUAACCAUCAUCCAUCCCGGGAAUGCAUUCGCUGAGGCUUGGGAUCCAACAUCACCUAAAAGUCUCAAACGCCAAAGCCGACCUGAUCCUGUGCAGUCACCCAGCGGCCACCCUGUCCACCACUUAUACGAUCCCGACAUCCGCAAGCAAGUCUCGCCGACUAGUCCAAAACAUCAGAGGAACUCUGGACCACCUGAGCUGCCCGAGGGCUCUAUGGGGCUCCCUGCGCAUCCCAAGCCUACACCAAAACCACCAAGCCCCCGAAAUCCUAGGGAACCCGGUGCCCCUCGCAAAGGACCACCCCUACCUUUAAAUCUUUCGGCUGUCCGAGCAUCACGAAAUAGUUGCCGAGCAGAACAGAGGGGUAUAACACCUAAGGAUUUGGUGCCUGAUGGAGAAUUGUGGUGAUGAGGUUAUCUAAGAAUUGAAGUUUUGAGGUGAGGAUUUAUGAUUUCUUUAACAGGAGCAGUAUUUGUAGCCACGGGGAGUACUGCUGGUUGGUUUACUCACUGUCAUAUAUUAUACCAAGGGGGGUGUUCGCUCAUUUAUUGUUGCGGGAGGAAAGACAGCAAGUGGUGUCUCUGAUACUAUCUUAUUACCACGAGCAUGAGUUGGUUUCUAUACCAAUAGAGAUUUGGACUUGGGUCAAUAUUAAUUGCAGGGUACUUUCGAAUUGUUUAGAUAUUGUGUAUCUACAUAUAGGCCUUAGUUCUGAUUAAUGUGAAUUUACCAACUAA